AUGUUGUCAGUCCUCUCAGCUGCGCCUUAUGCAGUGGGACUUCUCGGCUUUGCAUUCAUUUUCCUCUUUGCAUACCCCUAUAUCGAAUAUCUACGUGAUCCCAAAGGAUUACGCAAAUACCCCAACCUUCACCCUAUUUCCGGCAUAUCUGCACUCCCUUUCAUGCUUUUGGCCUGGACAGGAUCCAGGUCCAUGGAACUGUCCCGACUGCACAAAAAGCACCCAGUGAUUCGUACUGGACCAAAUACUCUUUCCUACGGCGACACAAGAGCGAUCAAGGAUAUUUAUGGCCACAACACCAAAUGUACUAAAGAUGAAUCUUACAAUAUCACGUCCGGUUCUCACUUUAACCUUGCCGACGUCAUCGAUAAGCCCGACCAUGCCAGAAAGCGCAAGGUGCUGUCCUCGGCAUACGCACUGAAGAACCUUGAAAGCUGGGAAUACAAGGUCACCGACAAGAUUCAAAGAAUGUUCAAACACUUUGAUGCAGUUUGCACAGAAGCUCCCAAGGAAGAUGUGGCCUCCUGUCGAGCAGCACCCGAUCAGAAAGAUGCCACUCUUGAUCUGCGAGGUUGGAACAACUUUUUCACCCUGGAUGCCAUCGCCGACAUUGGUCUUUCUGAGAAGCUGGGACUGUUAGAUCAAGGCCACGAUCUUGUCACUGCCGAGAGAAAGGAUGGCACAACAUAUACGACAAGUCUACGUGAUGCCCUCUACCCGACCGCCCGGAAACAGUCCUACAUCGUCUGGAACUACGCUUGGUACCCCGUCAUCAACAAAAUGGUCAACAUAUUCCCAUUCUUCAACAAGAUGCAAAAAGCUAGUGAGAACUGGGAAAACAUCAUGUGGCGACGUGGAAACGAGAGACUCCGUCGUUACGAUGCUGGCGAAAAACUUGAUGACUUCUUCCAAGCUUUGAUGGAGGACAAGAACGGGAACCCAAAUAAUCUUGAAUUUGGAGAGGUUGUAGCCGAAUGUAACAUUAUGAUGAAUGCUGGCAGUGUUACAACUGCUGUUGCCAUUACAAACUGCAUGUACCAGCUCAUCAAAAACCCUGACAUCCUGGCGAAGCUUCGUGAGGAGUUGGACAACGUACUUGAUGAAGACGAGAGCGUGGCUGAUUACGAUAAAGUCAAACACCUCCCCUACCUCAGGGCCGUCUUGGAUGAGUCUCUACGACUCUUCUCCCCGACUCCCCAUGGACUUCCUCGCGAGACGCCCCCCGAGGGAACGAACAUUCUCGGCGAGUGGGUCGCUGGUAACACUUCUGUCAGCAUGUCAGCCUUGGUUGCUCAUCGCGACGAGAAGAUUUACCCUAAUGCAGACAAGUUCAUUCCCGAGAGAUUCUUGGGAGAGGAGGGCAAAGCUCUCCAGCCUUACUUCAUCGCCUUCUCUGCUGGUGCCAGAUCUUGUAUCGGUCGCAACAUCUCGUACUUAGAACAGACAAAGGCUGUCGCAUCAAUGGUACACCGUUACGACUUUGCAUUGUCUUACCCUGGAUGGGAAAUGAAAAGAGAGGAGACUAUGAAUUGGAUUUUGGGCGAUAUGCCCGUGAAAAUUUGGCGACGGACUAUGGCAUAA